AUGGCGCAAACCCAGACCGUCAAGCUGACCAACCGGUCUCCCAAAAAGCCCAUCAAAAAGCUCCCGGAAUCCAUCCAGUACCCCGCCGAUGCUACCGUCGAGGAGGUCAAGGCCCUGAUCGCAAAGGCCUGCGGCAUCAAGGACUUCAACCGCAUCGGAUUGUUCGAUCCCACCACCAACAAGACCUUCAAGAACCGCAAGGCAGUGCUCGCCGAGGAGCCAUCCAUCCUCGCGGGCAAUGACAUCCUCGUCAAGGAUCUGGGCCCCCAGAUCGAAUGGAGAACUGUAUACGUGAUCGAGUACCUCGGCCCCCUUUUGUUCCACGCCCUCGUCGUCGCCGCCAGGCCAUACCUCUACAACAAGGGUGUCGACUUCCCCCUCUCGACAACACAAUGGAUCACCUUCGCCAUGAUCAUGCUGCACUUCCUCAAGCGGGAGAUUGAGACCCUCUUCGUGCACAAGUUCUCCGCCAACACCAUGCCCGUCUUCAACGUCUUCAAGAACAGCGCCUUCUACUGGCUCAUGUCCGGCCUCGUCUGCGCCGUCUCCAUCUACCGCCCCAACUCCAUGGCCGCCGCCGCCGACGAGAUCCUCGUCGACUACGCUGGCCUGGCCGUCUACCUCUUCGGCGAGCUCGGCAACGCAUCAGUCCACCUGUACCUGUCCAGCCUCCGCUCAACCGGCGGGACCGAGCGCAAGAUCCCCGUCGGCUUCUCCUUCACCCUUGUCACCUGCCCCAACUACAUGUUCGAGCUCAUCUCCUGGGCCGGCAUCAUCAUCGUCAGCCGCGAGUGGACCGUCCUCGCCUUCAUCGUGAUGGGCGGCUACCAGAUGUACGCCUGGGCCCUGGGCAAGGAGAAGGCUUAUCGACGGGAGUUUGGCGACCUGUACAAGAAGAAGCGAUAUGUCAUGGUUCCCGGCAUCAUCUAA